AAGUACCUACUCCAUCUCAUCAACUCCAUCUUUAUUAAUCUAAAUUUCCCUCUCCAAUUCUCCUAGUAUAUAAACUCUACCAUACAAUCUCUAUCCAUCAUCAAUAAAACAACAACUCUAAAAAAUCAUCAGGAAAUCUCAAGUUUUCACCCAUUUCCCAAAAUCAUGGCAGCCCAUAAGUCAAUUUCUAAUCCCCUCAUUGCCAUCAUCUGCAUAUUUCUCCUAGCUUUUACAACCAAAUUUACUGUCUCAGCUCGAAUGCUAGACGAAGAGGAACCUGAUACAGCUGAAACACCCUUAUCCAAUGUGCCCCCUGUUGUGGCUGCCACUCCAGCAGGCCCAGCUUCAGCUACCACUGCUGGUGCUGGUGCUGGUGUUGGUGUUGGUACUGGUGCUGGUGUUGGUGCAGGUGUUGGUGCAAGUGCCGGUGCCAGUGCCGGUGCCACAGUGGCCAAUUCAGAUGGCCACCAUGCGCUUUCCUUCUUCAUGCAUGACAUAAUUGGUGGAACAAACCCCUCAGCAAGAGCUGUUACUGGGGUGGUUACCAACCCAGCAGUCAACGGCCAAGUUCCCUUUGCCAAACCCAAUGGAGCAGUUCUCCCUGUAGACAAUGGUGUUCCCCAGAACAACAACAACAACGGAAUUAUCAACAAUAACAAUGUUCCUUUCUUUACUGGUCUUUCUGGUGUUGCAUCAAAUGUGGUACAAAACAGCGGGAACGGCAUCAUUGGUGGGAAUGGUUUUCCUUUCCUGAAUGGAGCUCUGCUCCCUUCUGGGACAACCCUUCAGAAGCUUACCUUUGGGACAUUGACAGUCUUCGAUGACGAGCUGACUGAAGGACAUGAGCUGGGUUCGGGUUUGCUUGGUAAGGCACAGGGUUUUUAUGUGGCAAGUUCUGUGGAUGGGACUAGCCAGAUCAUGGCUUUCACCACCAUGUUUCAGGAGGGUGGAUAUACUGAUAGCCUCACCUUUUUUGGUGUUUACCGAACGGCUGCUUCAGAAUCUCAUCUUGCAGUCAUGGGAGGCACUGGGAAGUAUGUGAAUGCCAAGGGCCUUGCCACCGUCAAGACAUUUCCAGCCUUGAAUCAGCAUAAUACUGACGGGAUUGAGACUUUGUUGCAAUUCACCGUGUAUCUGAGUUACUAGUGUGUUUAAAUCUAGUGGUGUUUAUUUGGAUUUAUUCAAACGAGUAUGUUGCAAUAUCUGAAAACCGUGUUUGUGAAUUAAAUUGCAGAAAGUUUAUCUAUUACUAAAUGCAAGGGAAAGUGUGAAACCAUGUAUACAUUAUUAUCUAGAUCAUUUUCUUUUGAUGGUACUGAAGCUAGCCCUAUAAAUUCAUGUGGACUAAAUCAAGUGGGACAGUAGCUGUUAAAUUCGAUAGCUUGAAUGGAAGAUUGUGAGAGCUUGCCAAACUGACAGGGCUCACGAAAAUAGGAUUGGUUUGUUUUAUAUUUGCGCUCCUGCAAAACCUGUUUCCUUAUUUGAUCAAAAGGGUGUCCAACUCUUGUUUACAUCAGACAGCAAUGGUAUGGUUUAAGGGUGUGAGGAAAUUUUUUGUUUUUUAUUAAUCAAAAGUAUUUUCAUCAAAGAAAAACAGCGUGAACUAAAGUACCAAUUACCGCAAAGUAAAAAACUUUGCUUCAGAACUUCUCUUAGGACCUCGUAAGUCUCCGUUGUUCAUGGAUUGGUUCUUGAAGGUAGAUAACUGGUAAAAAGAUAUCUCUAGAGAUACACCACCCAUAGUUUUGUCCGAAAAUAAAAUAACAAAAAAAAAGCUAGAAAUAAACAAUAAAAAGGAAAAAAAAAAAAAAA